AUGAUCAACGCCGUCCUUGUCUUCAAUAACAAUGGCCAACCGCGCCUGACCAAGUUCUACACAGAUAUCGAUACACAAACCCGACAAAAACUCAUUGGUCAAAUUUAUGAUCUGGUCGCUCAGCGGCCGGCAAGUGCCUGCAACUUCCUGCCUCUUCCCCCCCUGUUGUCGCAAGGCGCCAGCUCCAAGACACCCCAUGGACCGUCCGAUGCCCCUACGCAAAUCACAUACCGAACAUAUGCUACUCUUUCGUUUAUCAUGAUCUCGACAUCGACCGAGUCGCCGCUUGCCUUAAUCGAUCUGAUCCAGGUUUUCGUCGAAGCGCUGGACCGCAUCUUCGAGAACGUCUGCGAACUAGAUUUGAUCUUUGGAUACGAGACGAUGCACGCUGUUCUGGGUGAAAUGAUUGUGGGAGGUAUCGUCAUCGAAACAAACAUCGACCGCAUCGUCGCGGGAGUCAGGGCCCAAGAGGGUUCUCUCGGCAAGAAGAAAGCCAUACAGGCAGCGAGUGCAAAUAUUGGACGUGGCGGCCUGCCCGCGUAUACAAUUGUCUCUUGCGUAUCUGGCUACAGGAUGAUUUUACCUGAUUAUAUAAUCAUAGCUUUUGGCACAGCGGAACACCAGUCGACAACAUGCAUCCAUCUCUUCUUGAACGAAGAUGUCGAUAGACAUUUUCCUUCCGCUUCAGAUCCGUCUCCUCCCAAGUCCGGAAAGAAGGCCGCCCCUCUCCCCUACCCCCAGGGCAAGGCUGGCUCUAGCAAGAAGGCCGCUAAGAACCCUCUCUUCGAGAAGCGUGCCCGCAACUUCGGUAUCGGCCAGGACGUCCAGCCCAAGCGCAACCUGUCCCGCUUCGUCAAGUGGCCCGAGUAUGUCCGUCUUCAGCGCCAGAAGAAGGUCCUCAACCUUCGCCUGAAGGUCCCCCCUGCCAUUGCGCAGUUCCAGAACACCCUGGACCGCAACACCGCUGCCCAGACCUUCAAGUUCCUCAACAAGUACCGCCCUGAGACCAAGGUCGAGAAGAAGGAGCGUCUCCACCAGGAGGCUACCGCCGUCGCUGAGGGCAAGAAGAAGGAGGACGUCAGCAAGAAGCCCUACAACGUCAAGUACGGUCUUAACCACGUCGUUGGUCUCGUUGAGAACAAGAAGGCCUCUCUUGUCCUCAUUGCCCACGAUGUUGACCCCAUUGAGCUGGUUGUCUUCCUUCCCGCUCUCUGCCGCAAGAUGGGUGUCCCCUACGCUAUCGUGAAGGGCAAGGCUCGUCUUGGAACCGUUGUCCACAAGAAGACCGCUGCCGUUCUGGCCAUCACCGAGGUUCGCUCUGAGGACAAGUCUGAGUUCGCCAAGCUCCUCUCUGCCAUCAAGGAGGGUUACACCGACAAGACCGAGGAGUCCCGCCGCCACUGGGGUGGUGGUAUCAUGGGCGCCAAGGCCAACGCCCGCAUGGAGAAGAAGCGCAAGGCUGUCGAGACUGCCAUCAAGGUCUAA